AUGCGAUGGAGUGCUUAUGAAGGAUGCAAUAUGAAUGGGAUGGGGACGGGGGUACAAGGGAUGCAGGGAUGCAAGGGAUAUGUUAUUGAGGCUUUCAACGAGUUUGGUGAGAUGGUUUUGCCCUUCCAUCGAGAGGAAUUCCAGGAGUGCCUGGAGUUCGUGAGGGUGAGGGUCCUCAACCGCGGAAACAGGGAGGAGCUGAGGGGGGAAUUGCGGAAGAAGGAUAAGGAGGUGAUCCGGUAUUUCAGGCCGACUUGGGACCAGUAUUUCAUGAAGAUUGCGGACAUAGCAAGGCGACGAUCCAACUGCAUGAAGACCUCGGUGGGGGCGGUGAUCGUGAACGAUGAGAACAGAGUGGUUUCGACCGGUUACAACGGUACGCCGAAGGAAAUCCCCUCCUGUUACAAGAUGGGCUGCGAGCGAUGCAACAACAACGAGGGGAAGCAGCUGGACCAGUGUCUGUGCCUGCACGCGGAGGAAUCAGCGAUUAUCGAGGUGGGUAUCGGCAAGACGGAGGGGUGCAGGCUGUACACCACCUAUUAUCCUUGCUUCAGUUGCGCCAAGAUCAUCAAACAGGCCGGCAUCAAGAAGAUUUACUAUAUGGAUGAGUACGAAAAGGAAGAUAGCGGAAAGCCCUUCAUUAGCAUAUACUUCAAGCCUGAAGACGUGGUCAAGAUUGGAGCUGAUAAUCUCUACUAUUGA